AUGUUUUCCGCCGCACGUCUUGUAGCUUCUCGUGUCGCCACCCGGGCGACCUCCCACGCAAUUAUGGGGGCCUUGCGACCUCCGCCACCAUCUCUGGCCUACACGAUGCGACACUUUUCCGCUCCUCCGGCCUUUUUGGACCCCGCCGAAGUCUUGGAUCGCAUUGUUACCGUCGUCAAAAACUUUGAUCAAGUUGAUCCUGCCAAGGUCAAUCCCGCCGUCAAGUUUGCCGACGACUUGGGAUUGGAUAGUUUGGAUAUCGUGGAAGUUGUCAUGGCUAUUGAGGACGAAUUCGCCAUUGAAAUUCCCGACCAAGAAGCCGACAAGAUGUCCAGUAUCGCCGAUGCCGUUGAAUACAUUUCCACCCAUCCCAUGGCCAAGUAA